AUGUCCAAGUCUUUAUUAAUACCAACUGAAAACGAUUAUUUAGAUGCUCACGGUGAACAAGCAGAGCAAAAAGAAUAUAAUGAACUUUGGACUAACAAAUUAAGUAAAGAAAGGGACGAAAAUGGUCAAUUGAAAUUCCCAUGGACAUUUGAAGUUGUUCAAGGCUUUUUUAAACAAAGUGAUCCAGCUACUGACGAUAGAACUUUCAAUUAUGUGAAUGAACAUAUGGGACGUUUAAAAACGUGGGAACAAAUUACAGGAGAAUUAUUAAAAUUGAAUCAAGAAGCUCCCGAUGAUGUUGAAUAUAAACUUUUAUUUUUAGCAAGACAUGGUCAAGGAUAUCAUAAUACAAUAGUAGAGAAAUAUUCAAUUGAAUUAUGGAAUAAGGAAUUGCAUAAAUUAGGAGAUUAUGAUGGAAUUCAUUAUGGACCUGAUCCUGAAUUAACAGAAAAAGGGAUUAAACAAGCUCAAGAAAAUCAUCAAUUAUGGGAAGAUGAAAUUAAAAAUGGUGCUCCAAUUCCUGAUAAAUUUUAUGUAUCACCAUUACAAAGAUCUUGUAAUACUUUAAAAAUCACUUGGGAUGGAUUAAAACCUGAUCUGAAAACUCCUUUCAUAAAGGAAAAAUUAAGAGAAACUAUAGGUAAAAAUUUAUGUGAUAAAAGAAGUUCUAAAUCAAUUAUAAAAGAUAGAUUUGGAAUUUAUGGAUUUAACACGGAUGGAAUAACGGAAGAAGAAGAUGUUUAUUUUACAGAUACAAGAGAAUCAAUGGUUGACCAAUCUAUAAGAAUUAAUGAAUUUUUACAAGAAUUAUUUAAUUCUGAUUGUAAUAAAGAUGGUAAAGUUGAUAAAAAAUUAAGUUUAUCAAAUAUUUUUAUAUCAACUCAUUCUCAUGCUGGAACUAUUCGAGCAUUUUUAAAUGUUUUAUUUCAUAGAAAUUUUACAAUUUCAACUGGUGGAAUGAUACCUGUUGUAGUUAAAGGUAAAAAAAGAUUUUAA